UUUGGGCCUCACUGGAAGAACAACACCUCCUCCUCUGCAGUUGAGCAAGCAUUGUAGAUCUCAAAACAAGUGGAUGGGGGUUGACUCCAUAACCAAGCCUCCAUGUUACUCCACAGCGAAAUCACGCCUACGUGCAGCGAGCUAGCUUUCUAGCUAGUCCGUCGGGUAACCGACCUACUACAUAACCACUCUUACAUCACACCUGGUAGGGAAGCAGUGGCUCGAAGAAGCCCACGCUUUCCAUUUCAUGCGAUCGGCAUUGCGAUAUUACAAUGUCAACUUAGGUGGACCUGUCACAUCGAACGGAGACUGAGAAUUAGUUAAAGCACUUUCGUUUUGGAGCAAGGGAGCUGUCAAGAUUGCAGCUGGUUUCAUCGUUCUCCGAUUUUGACACAAAAGAGGAGGUAUGUCCUGUCCGUGUACCUCGGCUGCAAGGUUGUUCCUGAAUUCAGCUCAUCGAGGAUUGUCCUGCUCUCGGUUGCAGUUUUAUUCUCUGAGUCGUCAUGGUUCCAGGGACGCUCAUCUACCUCCUCCUGUGCGGGUGCGAUCAUUUUCCGAGACAGCCGUCUGCUUUGCCUCCAAAGAUGGCACCACAAAGGACAGCGGAAGCGAUGGUGCAAAGAAAAGCAUCAGUGAGGCGAAGAGGGCCUCGGGUUCUGGAGGAUCUGGCAAGGGCGGCAGUCAGCUCCGAUGCCCCAAAUGUGGAGACCCCUGCACACAUGUGGAAACAUUUGUUUCAUCAACACGUUUUGUCAAAUGUGAAAAAUGCCACCACUUUUUUGUGGUUUUGUCUGAGACGGACUCCAAGAAGGGACUAAACAAAGAGGCGGAGUCUGCUGCGGAGGCUGUAAAACUGGCAUUUGCACAGAAACCUCCCCCUCCUCCUAAAAAGAUAUAUGCUUACCUUGACAAGUAUGUUGUGGGCCAGUCAUAUGCUAAGAAGGUGUUGGCUGUGGCUGUGUACAAUCACUACAAGCGCAUCUACAACAACAUCCCCGCUGGCAGUCGCCAGCAGGUAGAGGUGGAAAAACAACCCUCUCUGACACCUCGGGAGCUAGAGAUGAGAAGACGAGAGGAUGAAUACAGAUUCACAAAGCUACUGCAGAUCGCAGGGAUCAGCCCCCACGGCAACGCUCUGGGAGCCUCCAUGCAGCAGCAGAGCAGCCAGCAGGCACCCCAAGAGAGAAGGGGUGGGGAGGUCCUGGACUCCACACAUGUUGACAUUAAACUGGAGAAGAGCAAUAUCAUACUUCUUGGUCCAACUGGCUCAGGGAAAACAUUGUUGGCACAGACUCUGGCUCGCUGUCUGGAUGUUCCCUUCGCGAUAUGUGACUGCACCACACUGACUCAAGCCGGUUAUGUGGGAGAAGACAUCGAGUCGGUUAUUGCCAAACUGCUGCAAGAUGCCAACUACUCUGUGGAGAAAGCGCAGCAAGGUAUUGUGUUUCUGGAUGAGGUGGACAAGAUCGGCAGCGUGCCUGGAAUCCAUCAACUGAGAGAUGUGGGAGGAGAGGGAGUCCAGCAGGGGCUGCUUAAACUCUUAGAGGGUACAAUUGUCAAUGUUCCUGAGAAAAACUCCAGGAAGCUCAGAGGAGAGACGGUGCAGGUCGACACAACAAAUAUCCUAUUUGUUGCCUCCGGUGCUUUCAAUGGACUUGACAGAAUCAUAAGCAGAAGAAAGAACGAGAAGUAUUUAGGUUUUGGAACCCCAUCCAAUCUGGGGAAAGGGCGCCGUGCGGCAGCUGCAGCGGACCUGGCCAACACUAGCGGUGAGACGGACACGGUGGCGGAGAUCGAGGAGAAGGACCGGCUGCUGAAGCACGUCGAGGCCAGAGACCUGAUUGACUUUGGAAUGAUCCCGGAGUUCGUGGGCCGUCUUCCUGUGGUGGUUCCGCUCCACAGCCUGGAUGAAGAAACACUAGUCCGCAUUUUGACGGAGCCACGCAAUGCUGUGGUGCCACAGUACCAGGCUCUGUUCAGCAUGGAUAAAUGUGAACUCAACGUAACCCAAGAUGCCUUGAAGGCCAUUGCUCGCAUGGCCCUGGAGAGAAAAACUGGAGCUCGUGGGCUCAGAUCAAUCAUGGAAAAGCUUCUCCUGGAGCCAAUGUUUGAGGUUCCACACUCUGACAUCAUGGCUGUCGAGCUGAGCAAAGAUGUCGUUCAAGGGAAGAUGCAGCCCAGAUACAUCAGAGCUCCAGCCAAGGAGCAGGCAGAAGAGGACUAUGAUUCAGGCAUCGAGGAGGAGAACUGGCCUCGACAGGCGGACGCUGCUAACAACUGAAUCAUGUCAUCCAUUUCACAUCAAGACAGUUUGCUACUGCCCUUUGGAUACCAACUCUGGGUUUUGUUCGAGGCCCCACAAACAAAAUCUGGAAAUUUGAUUAAGGAUAAUGAAGGCAGUUGUGACCGAGGGUGUUUGCAUCAUGAACAAGUAGUGUAACAACCCCGGGUCGUGUGUGUGUAUCUGUGUGCGCGCACGUGUGUGUCUAGCAGUGCACUCGCAGGUUGCACCUUUAUACAAUUAUUUCAAUCUCUGGUGAUUGUCAACAUUUUAUCUAUAUAAAGAUAAUACAUUUUUUAUUCGUGAGAGAGCAUUUAUAGCAAGUCGAUUUUGUUUCCUUCUCUUGUGGUGACUGGCCGUCCAAGGACAAGGGAAGCAAAAUGAAUAGAUGGCACGGAAAAUGUGAAAAGCAUGGCAGGGGGUUCCAUGUCAAGUAAUGCCUUAUAUCAGGAGGCCAUCAUAUUCCAUGAGCGCAUCAAUAUUUUGAUGAUAACCUCUUUUCCACCAUUGUCAUAAUGGUGUCCACACUAUUAGUACUAUUGGGCUGUAAAUGUUGUGUUGCACUGCUGGGGCAGCAAUGUGGAAGCUGGUUUUGACGACCUUUAAAAAGAGAUCAACUAGUGAAGAAAAAGUAACACGAACAGCACAACAAACCGAGCAGGUGAAAAAUGAUUGCGAGCUUUGAAGCAGCCAGAUGGUUAUUCGUUCAUGUUUGGUGUCCAGCCUGCUUUUUAAGAAAUAUACUGUUUAUACAUAUGUAUACAUGUUUAUCACAAACUCAGAGGGCUGUUUAACAAACAGGGUUUAAGUCCAUAACAUUUUACGUUUUAUAUUUUUAUUUCUCUUUACGUCAUUAGGGUUCGCCAGUACACAAUCUCUAGGUAAAAGGUGUGAAGGACACCCCAAAAUUUAGUUUCUUUUAUUUGUCUCUUGCAUGUCUUUUAGAGAGGUCAUCUUCUGUUGUAAUUGGGGUGGUCUUUCAUUAAGAUGCUCUCCAACUGAACCACACUGCUUGUACUCCUAAAAUGUGCUAUGCAAUGAUUAAACUAGACUGAUCACCCUGCUUUUAAGCUGCCUUUUCUAAAGCAUCUCUCAGAAGUCUGUUACGGAGCACCAUUAGGAACCCCCUCCCAUACAAUGUAAUUGUUCAAAAUAUUAAAUAAAAUGUGUAUCUGUAUAGAAUUUAA